AUGCACGCCCAUCAACUCCUCGUCACCGCCGCGGCUGUGGCCACUGUCGCCCUCGGACAGAUGCUUCCCCAGGCAACACAGUUCGUAGCACGUCAAGUCAGCGACGAGUGCAUCGAGCAAGCCACGUCAUUGGCAUCCGAUAUGCCCAACCUGACAGGCGAGCUUGCUGCCUCCUACACUCAGUACAGCAGAGCCCAUCCGACUGGCGUCCUGGGCGGGACGACGUGGAUCUGUUCCUUCGCCACGGCCCUUCCCUCGUCUCUGCGAGACGACUUCGCCGGCUACGCUUCAGGCCUGGUCAGCUUCGCCAGCAAGGACAAAUCACAGAUUAUCGAUUUUUACACCAGCUGCGUGGACACCAACCCUACCGACGCGCCUUCGAUCAGCUCGGACAUCAACGGCCUUGCGACCGCUACCAACUUGUGCGGUAUCACCAACAGCCCCACCAGCAGCCCGAACGCCGCGAUGCCGAAGCCGACCGGUCUUGUCGCCGGAGCUGCCGCGGCGGCUGCAUUGAUCGGCGGUGUCGCCAUGCUAUGA